AUGUAUCCGGAAGUGGACCAAGUGAUAACUCUUCCGCUUGCAACCGCUGGUCGACAGGGAUUAGUCGUGGCGAAACCCUCUUCUGGAAGUUGCUUGGAAAGCAGGUUAAGGGAUGAUUUGACUCUCCGACAUACUUUGAUUUACAAUCUAAAUGAAUCAAUGAGCGCUGUGAAUGAACUGGUUUCCCACGGGUGGAUUCGAAUUAACAGCUCGAGCCAGCCACCAAUCAUUAUGGUAUCAGAAGCCCGCGCUUGUGGAGGUAAAGUCUCAGAGGGUGAAUUUAUGCGUGCUUUUGCCUCAGACUGGGGAGUUGCGAUGUCCCCCAUUUGGUCAUUUUUUUGUUCCUUGUCCAUUACUUUUUAUUGUCCCGGUUUAUUUACUACUCUUUGUGGUUUAUUGCCCUCGUUCUUAUUGGCAACGUUUCCAGAUAUCUGA